CCUCUUCACCACCAUUAAAAAGCAUCCUCCGCUUCUCUCUCUCUCUCUCUCUACCCUCUUGCAGCAGUCUUCCUUUCCUUCUCCAUUAAGCUCCCUCCCUCUCUCUCUUCUCUCUUCCCUCCUCAUUUCCUCUCUCUCUCUCUCUCUAGACAAUUUACCUGUAAAUUUUUAUCUUCUCCACGUUCCCGCAAUUGAUCUGGUGUGGCUCAGCUUCGGUGUUUUUCCAAGGUCGUUUCUUUGGGAUUAUUUUUGGGUAAAGUCCAGAACUUGCAUCUUGGUGUUUGUCGUUAUAACAAGUAAGGGGUCUCGCUCUCAUGAGAAUUUUUAGGGGAAUGCGUAGAUUGAUUCGCAGGGAGCAGAGUAACGUGCUGUCGGGCAGGAAGAGAUCCUUCAGCCGGAAAGUUGGCGUCACCACGCCCAAGGUCAGAACACGUGACAAACCCCUCAGCAUGGUUUUGGCUCUCUAAGGAAAGGGGUGGCUUGAGAAAAAGGUUUUUGGUGUAGUUGAGUUGUCAAUAAGGAUCGGCAGCGAUGACUCGGGUUUUGGUUCCACGCGGUUCCUCCAGUGCUUCUUCAUCAAACCCAAGCCGGUCCUCUUCCCUGUCCGGUAACUCUUCAGUGGGUAGAACUGAGCAGCAGUCCGUUGCUACACCUCAGGUUGCUUCAGCUGUGAAAGAGGAGGAAAAUCAAGAGGAUGUACAUGACCAGGUUCUUGUGGGUGAAGACUUUUCUGGCAGUGCAGAAAACAAGAAUUUGAAAGGCGAUGAUCAUUUGUUGGAAGGCAUGUCUAGUGAUCUAAAUGAGAGUGUCAGUAAUGAAAUUGUUGACGGUGAAUUCACUGCUGGCGAUGAGACUACAAAUGCAGAUGAGUUCUUGAAUGGGUUUGGCGAGUUGAAGGUUUUGGGCAGAGGUGAGAAUGAAGGCACUAGUAGUAGUCACACACAAAAUCUUGGCGGCAAUCUGCAUCCACCCCCACCUCCAGUCCCGCCACCCAAGCCCUUAUCCACUAACUCUAAUCUUAGGAGAUCUCCUUUGGGAAGUCCAAAUUCUGCCCGAGUUGCUUCAGCUAGAAGGGCAGUUGCCUGGCCUGUUGUUUCAACUCGUACUUCGCCUACUGCAUCACGGCCCUCUUCUCCAAGAUCUCAUGGUGAAAGUGAGGGCUACAAUAGUGCAGAUGAGCAGAGUCCUGGCUUUAUCUCCUAUGAUGAUCUGGAAAGAGAGCGUCAAUUUGAGAUUGACAUAAGGCGUGCAAAGGGUCUAGAGGUCAAGAAAAUGUUGGAGGAUGGAAACUGUCUCUUCCGAGCUGUGGCAGAUCAAGUAUACGGGGAUUCCGAAUUGUAUGAUGAUGUCAGACAAAUGUGUAUUGAUUACAUGGAACGGAACAGGGAUCACUUCUCCCAAUUCAUCACAGAAGGUUUUGUGUCAUAUUGUAAACGGAAGAGAAGGGACAAGGUAUAUGGAAACAAUGUCGAGAUCCAAGCCAUGUCUGAAAUGUACAACCGUCUCAUCCAUAUUUAUUCCUACAGCACAGAACCUAUCAACACAUUUCAAGGGAAUUAUCAUACAGACACUCCACCCAUAAGGCUAAGUUACCACCACGGGAAUCAUUAUAACUCCUUGGUCAAUCCUCGUCGCCCAACAAUUGGAGCAGGACUCGGGUUCAGCUCACUCCGUGGGGCGAAUGUAGACAAGGACCAAGUCAAGGCUGCUAUCAAGGCUCAGCAAGAUCAACAGAUUGAUAAUGCUCUUUUAGCAGAGGGGCAAUUUUACUCGGACAUUGAGCUAACUGAGAAGGAAAUUGAACGUAUGGUUAUGGAAGCUUCUCGAGCUGAGUAUCUUGCCCAUGACAAGUUGAAAAAGCAACUUGCUUGUGGAGAUUCUUCUACCUCUGGUGCUGAACCAUCAUCAUCCGGGGAGAGAGCAUCAGGCAGCGAUACGAAGACAGAUGUUGCGACUGGGCACGGGGUUCAGGAGUCCGUUCUCAGCAGCAGCAGCAUGCGGAUUGUUCUUUCGAUGGGAUUCAGCUACCUACAGGCGAUCGAGGCAUACAGUAUAUUUGGAGAAGAUGUCGACUCCAUGGUUUGCUAUCUCUUAGAAACUAGCAAUAGGCGCAAGGGCAAAGCAACAGAAUGAGAUGUCCGAAGGGGGAAAAAAAAAAAAAGAAAGAAGAAUUGAAGAUCGGGGUAGUUUAAGAAAUGCUCUCGGCCUCUCAAUGUUCUCGUCCUCUCAACAGUGGUAGUCGUAACCCUUACUAAACGACCCACCUUCUUGUUGUCGACACCUAUAUUAGGUUGUUGAUUUGAUGCCGUCAAUAAAUGAAUGGAACAUCAGCUUUGAAUAUAAAUCUUCUGUCAGCAUUUACUUUUC